AUGGAUACAACCGCUUCCAUGCCUUCUAUGAUCUUCACUGCCUCAUCAGAAGCUAUCAGUGAACCAGUGGCCAAGAAGCAGAGAUUUGAAGAAAACGAAACAACCAACGAUCCACUGAAUCUUCAAAACGAGAACUUUCUCCAGCAAAUGCUCCAAAACUUCUUUCCACAAUCUCUGAAUCUUCCAUUGAUGGUCCCAGAAAUGCAGACAACCCCUAACAAGACGGCCAAUAGAAAGAACUACUGCGAUAUUUGCAAAAAACAGCUUUGCAAUAAGUAUUUCCUCCGAACUCAUAUGUUCAAAAUGCAUGGAAUCGUUAUUGAUGCUCCGCUCACUCCAAAAUCCACUAAUAAGCGAUUGAUCGAUCCGACAGGAGAUUUUGAAUCACAACAAGCUACUCAAAAGUGCUCCGAGUGUGGAUAUCGUUCUCGAAGUGUAGAGAAUCUUCUGAUGCAUUCAAUUCGUCAUGACAAAAUGAAUUCGAUGGGAGCGGAGGAUGCAGAAGAGUUUAUGAAAAUCAUUGCUAGUCAUGUGGAGCAAGCUACUGCAGAGAGUAUUGAUUCCGAGAAUCCGAAUGAUUCCGAGACGAGUGGAAGUGUCUCUCCUGCGGAAACCCAUGUCGUCUCCUCUGUUGAUCCGAUUCCAAAAGAAGCUGAGCAACUGGAGCAAACUGUUCUUGUCCAAUGCUCCGAUGGUUCUCUGCACUCAUUCAGAUCUGGAAUUCAAUUUUCUCAUGCAACCAGUUCCAUUAUCUCCUCUAAUCUUCCGGAAUACAUCUCCGGGUUUUCAUCUCUCCAAAACUUUGUGGUCUAUUCCGUAAACUAUCGCCUUAUCACAAUGCUCGCCCUAACCUUCACAGGAGGUCUUCUCUGUGGAAUCAUCUUCAUACUACUCACAUUGGACAUGCUCAAAAUGCUCAAAGACAUUCAACGAAAAGUAUCAGCAACCAGUUUUCGCAGAUAUCAUAUCGCUGUUAUCAGUCUUUUGGCUCAGUUCAGCACCUCAUUUUUGUUAUCAGUUCCACUUUUUAUCUUCCUGGUUCUCGCUGCUUCCCAAAUCGAAAAUUCAAAUUGGGCUGCAAAAGUUCUGGUGGCUGUCAUGCCAUUAUAUUCUCCAGUUAACGCGUUGGUUCUGGUUUUCACAACUCCACCGUACAGAAAUUUUGUGAUGAGUAAGUCUCCGAAGUUCUCCGAAGUUAGGAAUCUGAGAACGGGAGAAUCUCUCGGCAACUUCUUCGCACUUAUCAUUUUGACAAAAAAAAAUGGGAUUCUUGUCAAUUGCAAGAAGAGAUCGGAGUGUUCAUCAUAUUUGACGUGGGAAGAGUACAAAUCGAAACUCGGAGAUAAAGACCCAGAUGACUAG